CUCCUCUCUCUCUCUCUCUUUCUGUAAAACCCUAAUUCUGUUCCAAAUCAAAUCCAAUUAUUCGAUUUCUCAACGCAAAUCGAAAUAAUCCAUCACUCCGCCGCCUCAAUCGGAUCCAAUUCAAGCGCAUCUGACCGGGAAUUUGGGUUUCACCACGGCUCCGAUCCAAUUUCGAGUGUAUCGUUGAUCCGAGGGCAGACCCUACAGGGCUUUCAUUGGGAUUCUGUUGGAUCAGAUCCGUUUGGAGCUAAAUUUGAGGAAUUGGGGGCUAUGGAUUCGAGUCGAAGAGCUGUGGAGUCGUACUGGAGGUCUCGAAUGAUCGAUGCGGCCACUUCGGACGAAGACAAGGUCGCGCCGGUUUACAAAUUGGAAGAGAUUUGUCAGCUUUUGAGAUCCUCACAUGUCAGUAUUGUCAAGGAGGUUUCUGAGUUUGUGUUCAAGCGUCUGGAGAAUAAAAGUCCAAUUGUUAUACAGAAGGCUCUGAGGUUAAUAAAAUAUUCUGUGGGAAAGUCUGGUGUGGAGUUCAGGAGGGAAAUGCAACGAAAUUCAGUGGCAGUGCGCCAGUUAUUUCACUAUAAGGGACAGCCGGAUCCUUUGAAAGGAGAUGCCCUUAAUAAGGCUGUGCGGGACACUGCUCAAGAGGCUAUUUCUGCUAUAUUUUCAGAGGAAAGUAAUGCAGCACCAGCCGAUGAUCUUAACAGACGAAUACAAGGUUUUGGGAAUACAAACUUUGAAAUGUCAUCAGAAGAAAAGAAAUCUUUUCUUAGUGAGGUAGUUGGUAUUGGAAGUGCAUCUAUCAAGCAGGGACUUAGUAGUUUCACCCAAAAUCACUCAUUUAAAAAUAAUGAAAAUGGAAACUAUAAGAGUCCAAAUCUUCAUAGAUCGUUGACCAUUGAAAGUGAGCCGACAGAUCGAUAUGAACCUGCUCAAUAUCGCAAUGAGACUCAAAGUAGUUUUGGGUCUUCAAAGAGUGUGGCUAGUGGACCCUGGAAUGAGGAUAGAUUAACCAAGACUGAAGUAACCGAUGGAGAUUCUAGCUCAAAUUACAGAGAAAGUAAGACCCGGGAGGAGAGGUUGUUGGAGACCAUUGUGACUCCAGGUGGUGUACGAUUACAACCCACUCGGGAUGCCAUUCAGAUUUUCCUUACUGAGGCGAAAAAGUUGGAUGCCAUAGCUUUAAGUCAUGCCCUCGAUACAAAGCUCCAAUCUCCAUUGUGGCAGGUACGCAUGAAAGCGAUUUGUGUUCUUGAAUCAAUUUUGAGGAGAAAGGAUGAUGAGCAUUUUUCAAUUGUAGAAUCAUAUUUUAUUGACAACAAAGAUCUUGUAGUCAGAUGCUCCGACUCUCCUCAGGCUUCUUUGAGGGAAAAGGCUAACAAGGUUUUAAGCCUCUUGGGUGGAGAACAAAUAGGCAGUGUGGCCAGUAAUUCAGAACAGCCUGUGAAGGCACAGGCUGCUACUUCUGUUCAGAUGCCUGACCUGAUAGACACUGGUGAUCUAGAUGAUUACCAUGGGACAGAUGCCACAACUGACAACCUAAGUGAUCAAGUCAUAACAAACUUAACAGCACCACCACCCCCACUAAUUGAUGAUUUAUUUGGAGAGGGCGCAGGGAAUGUUGUAAGCACCAGUGAACCAAAAAAUGAGGAUGACCCUUUUGCAGAUGUUUCAUUUCACACUAAUGACAGUACAGAACAAGCAGAUGAUCUCUUCUCUGGGCUUACUGUUGAUAAUAAACGAGAUGCUCACGAGACUGCCUUGGCUGAAAAGAAAAGUGCAGCUGAAAUGUUUGACAUUUUCGGGCCCAAUUCUGAACUUCCGCAGGUGCAAGAUCAUAAAAAUGAUUUUAACAAUUUAAUGGCUGGUUUAUCCAUUGAUAAGAAUGUCUCUAAGAUGGAGCAGAAAGGAACCUCUUCUGGACAACUAUCUGAAACUCUUUUAUCAGAUUCAAGUAGUCAUCCCAGCCAUCAGGCCUCCAGCGAUGCUUGGAAUGGCAUUCUUAAUUCUCAAACAGCACGGACGAUUGAUAAUGCAGUGUUUCCUCCAGGUGCUACGCCUUACAAUGUAACUCCUGGAAUUAUGUUCAAUCCAGCCUUUUCUUCUCAGCCAAUAAAUUAUGGUGCCAUGGGAAGUCUCCUUGCUCAGCAGCAACUCUUAGCGACAAUGUCUAGCUUUCAACACCUUGGGAACCUCAAUGCUCAAAAUAUGAAUUUCAGUCAAGUUGCUGGAACAAAUGGAGGAUAUGCUUCAGCACUACCUGAUAUAUUUCAAGCAAAUCAUCCAAAUCCAGCUCCUACUUCGAUUUCGAACAGUGCGAAGAAAGAGGAUACCAAAGCGUUUGAUUUUAUUUCAGAUCAUAUUGCUGCAGCUCGUGAUCCAAAGAGGGUAGUUUAAUCCUUUGAUCUUGUGCUUCAACACUAGGGACCACAUUGUACUCUGAUGAUGAUUUCGAAGCAGGUCAAUCCCUUUGAACAAAGAAGAUCAAAUAUUUUGUUGUGAAAAAAGGAACAUUUGCAUAUAUUGCUGAGAUAUUUCCAUGAUAAUCCAAUGCAAGGUGAUAAAGACCAAAUAAGCUAGGAACUUGGAUGAAAAGAGUAAACAUAUUUGUGCUCGUUUUUCGUGUUCGAGGUUGAAGAGAGUGAAUGUUGUGUAGUUGGCUUUGCUAGUUUUAUAAUUAUGUAAUGUAAUGCAGGCGAAGAUUACAGCCCUCCCUCUUCUUGUAAUGAAUUUGUAGAGUGCCUUUUUGCCCCCCUAUUUUUUUCUCUUUUAUUUUUCAUUUAUAGAUUUUUUUGUCUC